GCGAGUUCAUAUUUCUUUCGCUUUCCUUAAACUGACUCACUCCACUUCCUCUCUCUCUCUCAAACACACAGAGGCACAAGGAAACAAACGCCACGGCUCUCAGAGACACACUUCAUCACAAACUGGACUUUAUAAAGCGGUUGUGCUCCGCUGAAGAGGAAUAAUGAGAGUUUUCUGCGGUGUGUCUGAGCUCUUGUUGUGUUUUAUCGUCUGCGUCAGCUCAGAGAGCAUCCCAAUCCCUGAGGAUGUGAGAGUGACAUCACUGGACAUGGGAUUAGUUCUGGAAUGGGAUCCACCACAAAACACCACUGAUACACUAUUUAACUACACUGCUGAAAUUAGAAACUGGAGAAAUCAUUAUGAGCCAGGAUGUGUCCGCAGCUCAUCACUAAGCUGUGAUUUCAUUAAUGAUAUUACCACUUUUGGAGUUUACCAACUUCGUGUUCGGACAGAACUACAUGGAGAGACAUCCGAUUGGGUGGAGACUAAAAACUUCACAGUAGAUGAAAUAACUAAUAUUAGUGCUCCUCGUGUGGAACUGACAAGCAGAAAAGGACAAACUGAAGUUGACAUCACUGAUCCUCCUAUGAAAAAAAGAAACUUGAGGGAUGUCUAUACGUAUGUCUCUUACCUCAUCCUUUAUUGGAAAAAAGGAGAGGCAAAAAAGGAAGAACUAAUAAGAGACCAGAACAGAGUUAUAUUAACAAAUCUGGAGCCUUUGGUGGAGUACUGCGUCGAAGUGGCGGUUUUGUGUAUGACAAAUAAAACAAGCCAGUUCAGCAACAUGACCUGUGUAACCAACACAUCCAGCAAUGAGGCAGAGCCCGGGCUCAUAGCAGUUGUGCUCCUGGUCAGUUUUCUGGUGGUGUUAGCUGCUGUUGUCCUGGCUUUUCUGGCUGUGUGGUACAGCUACAAAGUAUGCAGAAUUAUUUUCCCUGAUCCUAAACUGCCAGAGAACCUAAAACAGUUUUUGUCCCAGCAGUCCCAGUCCCCCAUACUUUCGGCCAUGCAGGAGAGCACUCAGCUGAAGGAGCACUUUAAUGAGCUGAGGAUAUUUCAAAAGGAGCCUGACAGCUCUCAGGACAAUCAGCAGAUUCAGAAAGAUAAGGAUAAGUGUUGUACUGAAGCAGACAGUGAGGAAAUGGCCAGCACCACAUCAGAAGAGAAGCAUUUGCUUGCUGAACUGACAUUGCUAUAAUACCAUACUAUAAACAUUUUAACUGUUAGAACUAGUGAUGCAAUGUGGAUAAGCUGCAUCUGUGUGGAAGCUGCCAAAAUUGAUUUUUCUUUUUUUAAAAUCGAUCUGCAUUUUGAUGAACUGAUCUUAAAUCCCAGGAAUCAAUCUUUUGUGUGUUUUCAGUUGAUGUGUGAACACAAUUUUAACAAUGCUAUUUGUAGUGUCUGCCUUAAUCACAAUACGUUUUGUUCUUUGUUUCUUCUGAUAUGAAACAAAGCCUCAGCUUUCAAAAUAAAUGUGUUUACUGCUAUUUACAGCAGCAAAUAAACAUGAAUGAACAGCAGAAGGAAUGUUGAAAGAUACAGAACAAUUUACUGAAAUGAUUCAUAUCUUAUGUAAUCGGUCAAUCAGUGUUUCAACCGCAGAAAGACGUCAAUAAAGCAGCUGGAGAACAAUGUCACAUUUACCUCAGAAAAGCCAUUCAGUGUCUAUAAACUCGAUAGAAUUUUGAUACAUAUAUGCGCUAUAUUACAUAUUCAUUACAUCUGUACUUUAAGUUGUGUUACAUACACCAUUUAAAUGAUCAUAUUUCAACAACAAACUGGAAUAGAAACAAACUGCUUGCAUUGCAUUUUAAAAGUUCAUUUACAACUGUUUUUAUUAAAUAAACUUUAUUUUUGGUUUCCGUUUUCGGAUAAAUUAAAACUUUACCUUUAUUUUCGGGGAUAAAAAGGUGCAUCACUAGUUAGAGCUGUUGAGAACUGAUGUCAAGGUAAAACCUCCAUUAUGGCUUCUUGAAUACAAAAUGGAAGUGAAGUUUGUGUGAAGAAUGUUUUAUUUAUGUUUUAUUAUUUUGUUAAUAUAUGCCAUGUCAAUCAAAGCUGCCUGUGGCAAAUAUAUGAUGAUUAUUAUUAUUAUUAUUACUUUUGUACCUCAUAUCAUUUUGAAUGUUCAUUAAAGUUAGACCUUUCAAGACUGAUAA